ACUCUUGGCAGCGCCGCUUGAAAGUAUCAGGACUUGUCAGCGACAUAACCUCGCAAUUAUCAUUGUUUCUAAAUAUAUGAUAAUAAAUAUAAUGAUAUUUUCCACGCAAUGGCGAGCAUUUCCUAUUGUUUAUUAAUAUCGCUAACCCUCUUAGUAGUGAGUAGUUCUGGCGCCAACAAAUGCCUGAAGGCAGAUCCCUGCUUGUGUUCUCUGGAUGAUUAUUUCUUUAUCGAUAUAUCGCAAGUGAGUUCAGGACCAGUUUUCCUGGAAGAUCGUCUUGGAAACUUUUCUUACUUCUUCGCUGGAUGCCAGGACAGAGAAUUCAAGUCUACAGACUAUCAGCUGUUCACAAACACUACGCUAAAAGGGGUCUCACUCGUCAAGUGCGAAAGACACAUAGAGACUCAAGUGAAUGCUACUACUUUCUUUGUGAAAGACACUUGUACAUCCAUUGGAGAUGCCAAAGACAUAGUCUUCGACUUGUUGCCCAAUGCGAAUUCGCAUACCAAUGAGUAUCAAGUCGUAUUCAAAGGCAGCCAACCGCCUACUAAAAGCUCCCCCACAAUCCAGCUGGCUUGCAGCAGCUACAACAGAACCGACUUGAAAGUGCUAAACACUGUUUCGGAUGUGUUGAUUCUGUACUCGCCCUUGGUGUGCAUUCAGCAGAUCGCUCACCAUGAGCUGAGCACUGGAUCGAUUUUUUGCGUGAUAUUUUUUGUGGCCGCCUUGACUUACUUUGUUGGAGGCGGAUUGAUUAUGUAUUUCGCUCGCGGAGCCAGAGGAGUGGAAGUGAUACCCAACUUCGACUUUUGGGCCUCCAUACCCGGACUUGUUAAAGAUGGAUUAGUCUAUGUUUUGAGUGGAUGUCGGCCCUUCACAGUGGCCACUGCCGAGUCAUAUGAUAGGAUAUAAGUGUAUCGCACGUAGUCUUCAAAAUGUAAUAUAAAAAUGGGUUUUUUAAAUACA